AUUGUUAGAAUGACACGUAGGAUAAUUUAAGGAUUGAUGGUGUCAGCGAUGUUUUGUUUUAGUAAUAGUUCAUAGAAUAAAUAUGCAAACUUUUUUUUUUUUUUUUUGGAUUAGAAAGGGACAAAGGCAAGGAUGAGAAUCGAUCCCAGGAUGAUAAUCGGAAGGAAAGCUCUAACCACUCGAGUAAUAACUCAAAUUGUGAUAAUAGGCUAAAUCACAAAAGCUCGCCGGACUACCUCACUUACCUCUUAUUAACCUGGAUAUUGCACCACCACAUGUAUUUUUCAUUUAUACUUCAUAGGGAGUAGUAUUUUAUUCAAAAUUCUUUUGUUACAAAAUCUCCCUAUGUCUCUUCCAUAUAAAUAGCGGAGUAGCUGCUACUGUCACAAUAAAUUUGAUCUAGUAAACUUUCUCCAAAAAUGCGGCUGGUAAACACCACAAACAGCGGCGGAGAAGGAAAUCGUACGAAGGCGGCGAAAUCCCGGCGAGAAGAAGGUGUAAUUACGGCCGCCGGAGAAGUCGAAGAAGGUUGUAGAACAGUGUGUUACUCUCCCGCACGUGUGGUGGUUUAUCGGCUGCUUGCCAUCGCCAGAAAAUGUCGUAACGGUGGAAGGAGAGAGAAAGUUCAGAUCAGUGACGAAUUUUCGCCGGAGAUUUCACGGAAGGCCGAUGAUCGCCGGAGAAUCAAUGUUUCAGGACUUCAAAGUCAGGAGAUGAGCUUCAAUUUGGCCGCAGGACUUGGUUUGCUAUCCCUUAUUGCUGCUAGCAAAACUGAGCUCGAUAAAACAAUGGAAUUGCGUAAGCAAAUGGAAGUCUUUUUAGAAAGUUUCAAAGAGGGGAACAAAAGCAAAGGCACGACCCCAAAACCAUCUGAUUCUGAUAAUGCAUAUGCUGUGAGCACUACCAUGGACAUCCUUAGUAAUUACUCCGUUGAGGACCAUGCACUUAGCCAACAAGGAUCUGGAAACACUUAUGCAUGUGCUCCACACUGUGACAUCCAUCAGAAAGAGGAGUUUGUGGAAGGUAUAAAUCACCUUGAGGCAGAAUUAGCUGCUGAAUUAGAUCGAAUGCAGCUUGAUGUAGAUUCAGGAGGGUAUGUGGAGACAGGAGAGUCAUCAGAAUUACAAGAGGAAGUUACUGAGAUACCCUCUGAAAACACUGCUAUUGGAAGUGUUAACAUGAGCACUGGAGAAGUUAUUGACCCCCAUUAUGUUGACAACACAGAGUUUAGUGGUGUUCCUCCUCUUGAACUUGAGAGACGAUUACAUGAGGUACUUGAAACAAGACAAGAAGAGCGGAUAAAAGAACUCGAAGUUCAUCUAGACCGCAUGACGAAAAAGCUUCAGGAAAAGGAGGUAGAAGUCACUUGGUGGAAAGAUACUGCCAAGCUUAUUUCCAAGCAAGUCCCUGAAUCAUCCCGUGCCUUGAGGUAGGUUUCCGAUUAUAGCUUGUUAAUUAUGAUGGAUAUAUUGCAAAGUAAUUGGACCUUUGGCUAAAAUGCUGCUCAUCAAAAGGAUUUUAGCUGUUUGAAAUCCCUGCAAUUUUUGUAAAUAUUAUACUAUUGUCAAUAUUUGCCUUUUUGCUAGAUUUUCCAGUUUCCUAUUAUGCUGUUUGAGCAGACCUGGACUUUUGUUUUUUUUGGGAAAUUCUUAAUGGUACUUUUAAGCUUUUUAUU